AUGGACUCAAUUGCCAUUAUCCAAAAAGGCAAAGGCCUGACUCAAGGGAAUGUGACUCUGCCUCCCUUGAAGGACCAUCAGGUAUAUGUCAAGAUCGACUACGCAGCCUUCAACCCAACUGAUCGCCUGGGUCUUGACGUCAACGCCUUCGGGGAUGGCGCAGUGCUAGGCUGCGACUUUGCUGGGAAAGUCGUGGACACCCAUUCAACUGUGACUAAAUUGAAGACUGGCGAUACUAUUGCUGGCUUUGUCUGGGGCGGUGAGUUCGGCAGAGCCUUUAUGUAUCAGUAG